AUGGCCGCAGCAGCCAGUUCGUCAACACCUCUCGACCCUCAUCUGGGUAGAGCAGCAGAUUUCGUCCGACCGGAUUUCCAUCAGGUCAACUUGGACAUAGAGGGAUUUCUAAAGACUCAGAAGGGAUAUAAGCUUGAUGCUGAUACUCAGAUAUGUCCCUUAUCCCUAACACCUCUCGGAUGUCCUCUCCCACCUUCACAAUGUCCCUAUCGUCAUACCAAUCCCUCUCCAGCAAAUUUCCAACCACCUCCUCCACUCCCUCCCCACCCUAGAGAACGGGAAAAGAAAUUAACAGUGUGUAAACAUUACCUCCGGAAUCUAUGUAAGAUGGGAGACAAUUGUGAAUACACACACGAUUGGAAUCUACGUACGAUGCCUGUCUGCGUGAUGUUUGUGAAACAAGGGAAAUGUGAAUUGGGUGGUGAAUGUUUGUAUUUUCAUCCUAGAGAUAGAAGAGUUGAAUGUCCAGAUUAUAAAAGAGGUUUUUGUCUAUUGGGACCGGAAUGUCCGAGAAAACAUAUUAGGAAGAGGUUAUGUGGAGCUUAUCAGAGUGGGUUCUGUCCUGAUGGAGAGAAAUGUAAAUUAUCGCAUCCCCCAGCAGACCGACCUCAAUCUGAAGAAUAUAUAAACCCCGUCCCUCCUGACCCUACGCAAUUCACCGGUCCACCACCCCAACUACCAGCGGGAUACGGCCGAUGGCGGGAAUACAGAUACGAUCCUAACGCUGUGGUUGUGCCUGCUCCGGCAUGGGUGGAAGGUGGUUCUCUCAGUGGAUGGAGAGCAGGUGGUUUCUUGUCUAGUAACGCAAGGAGGAAUGAAGAUCGAGAUGGACAUGGCCACGGACAUGGCGGACAUGGUGGUAGAUCAAAUGAUAAUAGGGAUAAUAGGGAGGUACCGCAGAAUGCUCCUGCGGGGUAUGAGAAGAAAACUGGUUGGGUCAAGGAUCUAAGUACGGUAUUGUGUUUUAGAUGCAACCAAUAUGGUCAUUUCGCAAAUACAUGUCCGAACCAAGCUGUCCCAGGUGAUAGAGGUGGAUUGAAGAGGGAGAGGGAUUAG